UUGGAAAGUGCAGUAGAAGUCAUGAUAUUUGCGAUCCCACAGUAAUAUCAGCUCUUAACAAACACGGAAUAAAUACGAAGAAACCAAAGAGGGAAAUUCUUGCUGACUUCCAAGCAGCCAUAAAAUAUAACGAAAGCAUGAGCAGUCAUGAAGAAGGUGGAAAUUCAGAAGCUAAGAGUUCAAAUGAAAAAUCAUCAAAGUUAACUGCUCCAAAGAUAUGUUACAAGUACAACGGCAAAGGUUGUGAAGCAGACUUUUGUCCUUACAUACAUAUGUGCAGGAAUUACGUAGAACGUAGUUGUAAAUUCGGAAAAGCGUGUAAUAAAAGUCACGAUAUCUGCAACCCAGCUGUAAAAGCAAUACUCGCAAAACAUGGAAUAAAUACGAAUAGAAGACCAAGAGAAAUGUUUGCUGAUUUGCAAGCAGCCGUCAGAAAUGAUGAUAGCAAAAGUUUUCGUGUUGGAGGUGAGGACAGAAAAGCCACAAUAACUGCUUCAAGGAAAAUAAUAUGUCUCUUUAACCUUCGUGGAAGAUGCAGAUGGAACUUUUGUCCAAACGUACAUUCAGAACUACCAUAUCAAUGGAGAUGGAAAAGCCUGUCUGAGAAGGACUGGAAUAUUUUAAGUGAGCACGAAAAUGUACGAAUGGAAUGUACAUACUCUGAUCCGUCUAAUCGAGGAUACACACUCGCUUCUGAGACAGGUGUCAAUAUAACCAUUGACUUUCAAAAUAUGACUGGAACCAGCACCGACAGACAGACCUACACAAGCUGUAUUAUUCGCCGAAUAUCGACACCGUCGGCGGUGGAGUAUACUCGGGAUCGAUGGGCAACUGUAUGGCAAUGGUACUGGCAAAAUGAAGAUGGAAAAUGGAUAAAAUAUGGAAAUAUGACUGGUCCUUCUAACAUCAGGAAAAUAUCGAAUAAUAAUAUUGAACAAGCCUACAUCAACAAUCCAGAAGGUCAGAUAGCAUGUGGUGGGAACAGCAACUUUAUUGAUUUUUCAAGGAUGACGCACAUUGAUGUGGACGAUAAAACCGUAGUAGACGUUUGUCGUAGACCAACUUUCGUUAGUGAAAGGGAGGCAAAAGAAAAAAAACGGCAACUUGACCUCAGACCAGAACAGGAAGUACCGGUAUCUAGUACCGUGGAUAUGUUUGCACCACCACCAAACUGGAAAAUGUCACCAGGAGAAGAUAUAACAGACCAUUGUCAACUUACUACGUUACAGGAUACUGACAUCGAGUACAAGGAAAUUGAAUCAUUCUUUAAUGAAUGUCCACCAAUUUCAGUCCUUAUCAAAUCAAUAAAGAGAAUUGAAAAUGGUGAUUUGUGGGAGAAUUAUGUCUGUAAGCGAACAAAGAUGUUAAAGAGGAAGAGUAAAGAGGAGGUUGGAGAGAGACGAGUGUUUCACGGUACAAAGAACCAGUUUGUCGAUCCAAUCUGGCACCAGGGGUUUGAUUUCAGACUAAGUGGACAAACAACAGGCACGGUAUAUGGUAAAGGAUGUUACUUUGCGACAUCUUCUAAAUACGCCGACUAUUACGCAGAGGUAGGGGCGGAUAUUGCAAUGUUUGUUGUGAAAAUCUUACCGGGUCAUAUGUACGUGGAAGAAGCGAAUACAAGCGACCUCCACACAAAGACGAGGGAAACACAUCCAGUGAGCUCUACGAUUCAUGUGUUGAUGACGAAAGCAAUCCACAAAAGUUCAUUAUAUUUGAUAACAAUCAAAUAUACCCGGAAUAUCUGAUUACGUACACUAAUUCGUAUAGAUCUAGUUUAAUGUACAAGUAGUAUUUAUAGAGAUAUCUAUUUGAUUCCUUAUUUUGUUUGAGUUAAACUCACAUUUACAAUUCUGUUGCAAGUCUGCAAGAGUUGCAAAAAUUAUGAUAAAAAAAACGCCAAAAAACUACAACAAAAAACAAAAACCAAAAAAAAAAAAACAAAAAAAAAAACAGCAGCUGAAUUAAUUUAACUGUCUUAAGAUUCAAAUUGAUGUUGGUGAGUGGUCGGAAAAUCGGGAAAGAGGCCCAAAAUCAGAACUGUAAAUUGCAUCAAUUUCUUUCUUUUAUUAUUUCUUAUUUUGCUAUGUGUGUUAAAAAAGAAUGCUUCAGUACUUACGUCUCUAGCAGUGAGCGUUCCAGCAUGUGUCUGUGUAUGUUUGCGCAUGUGUAUGGGCAAAAGUGCGUGCGUGCCUAAAAUACAAAUGAUAUUGGUCAAAUGGUAGAUAAAUAUGGGUUAAUUAGCUGGGAUAUGGUCUGUUUUAUUUAAAAGCCUUCUCUGAUUCACAUUUGCUCGUUUUAGCAAAAAUGUAUCAAUUUGUGUAAAGAAAGGUGAAAGAUAGUAAAUCAUGUUUCACCAAUCACUGGUUCACCAAACAUUGCAUGUGUAUCCAUUUUUGUUGACCUCAAUAGUUUUGUAAUAUUCCUUAUAUCUGUAACAGAACUUAAAACAAAAUACUUUAAAUAUUAUGUUAGAUGAACUCGUUCGCCUUUAUCCCGAUAAAUUAUUCAUGACAUUUGUUUUAGUAUACAGGUGGACUAAGUGCAUUUGACGGCCAUCCUGGUAUAGAAAAUAUAGGACAACUAGAUACACUAAAGGAUUACAUGUUCUAACACUUAUUUUAAUCAAUGAAUGCACUUUUUUGGCAGCUAUAUACAUGUUUGAUGUACGAAUUUGUUUAAUUUUAUUUGAUUUUGUUCUAUUUAUUUCAUAUAAUCAAUUUCUCUUUUUCUUAGCACGUAUCGAAAUGUGUAAAUGUUUGUAUAGAAUUUAAUGAAUUCAGAUAAAAGCUCUCUUUGUAGAAAUUUGUUUAAAUUAUUUUUAAAAGUGCUUAAUCUUGAAAACAUUAAUAUACAUAUCACGGUGAAGUAUGAUAUGAAAACUUUGGGAUGAGUUAAAACUGAAAAUCAGACGGCAUUUAAUUGAUAAAUUUUCAACAACUUACUAUAUAUUAUUGUAGCAAAGUCAAUUUUCACUUGUAUGAUUUCAAUUUAUAAACUAAUUCAAUGUAUGUGUCUGUAUGUACAUAUCCUUCCAUUUGUAUCAGUACUCCGUAGUAUUGUUUCUAUAUUCUGUGAUGUUGUAUUGUGCUGUCUUUUCCUGUCCAGUUAUGUGUCUAUAAUUCAACGUCAAUUAGUGAGGCGUGACUUAUCCGCUAUCCUCAGUGUUUACCGCAGUAUUGUUAUGAGCUAAAAGUGCAGACAUGCCUCGAUGCAUACAGUUGAUCUAUAACCGUAUAUAAAUUAAUUUUGUAAGAGAGAAUACGCUUUGCAUUCUGCACGAACAGCAACAUUUUGGCGGGAACUAACGUUUGCACGGCCCUCUAUACAUCAUACUUCAGAAUCGGUUCAUAGUAUAUGAAUACAAGUUCCUAGCUACGUUAAUUUAAAAAGCAGUUGUAUUCAUAGUAAACUGUCCUUACCUUUGGACAACUGACUAUACUUAAUAUUUAAGUAUACUAUAAUUCAGAGACGUAUCUGGUAAGAUAUUUCAUUUGCAAUUGUUCUACUAGUAAUAACCGUGAGAGAUGUAUUGUUUUGUAAAAUCUGAGUAUUUCCUCUCCUUGCUAUUAUUGUAUUACAAUUCGUAUUGUUUCUUG